AUGUACGUAAAAUGCUUUCACAGUUUAGAUAAAAAUGUAAACAGAGAUUUUGAAACUUCAUUUUACAAGCUACCUUCGGUAUUUAGGAACCCAUGCACUGGGGAAGAGGACACCUCUAAAACGUGGGAAGACAAUGCCACUGAUGCAUUAAAGUCCCAGGAACAAGAAUCAGGAGAGGAAACACGACGCGGCCAGGAGAGAAAGUAUGAUGGUCGACAGUCGGCAAGCCCAAAUGCAGGACUUGAUAGUCCGCGACAUAAACCACGCCCACAGUCUCAGACCCGCCUUCCGCCCAGGAUAUGUAUACCUUAG